AUGACCACCAAAUACCAUGGACUACCAGAUAUAGACACAGCUCAAGAUAUAUUCGAGACUCCCGAUGAACCAGACAGCCUCCUGCGACCGGGUGACAGUGGACUAGCUGACGACGAGCAUAAUACGAUAAAGCUAAACUCCGAAAAUAUAGAUGUAAGUGGAUUACCAGGAAGGAAGAACGUGGAGAAAGUAUUUGGAAGGGGUACAAGGCGGAGGGACCCAAAAGACCUAUCGUUCCGACCUAGACUCCCACCUCUAUCCCGGCAUACCCUCUCGACCUAUUCUCCUUCAUCCUCCGAAGACGAAGACUCGGGGUCUCAGUUCAAGGAAUCUUCUAUUAGUCGCCUACGACGUCUGAAAGCUGAAUUGGCCGAACUUGAAUCCGAAAUUUCAUCACAACCUCAAGCUUCGACUUCUGGGUCUGUAUCAAUCCCAGAUGGAAGGGAGGGAAAGAGAAAAUCGGUCUUACCGCCUAAACAACCUAUAAACUUGAUAUCCGAGUUGAACGGGUUGAAAGAGAGAUUGGGGAAAUUGGAUAUUGAUGAGUUAAAUCUAGUAGACAGUGAUGGACUGGGACCGGCAGAGUGGGAUGAUAGGUUAAAGCGAUUAACGGGGACAGUAAAUUCACAAUCACAAGAAGGGCGAGAUGUACAUCAGGAAGAUAAUGGAAAUAGAAAGAGACAAUAUAGUCUAGGAGAGAUCGAUAAGCGUUUGGCAAUACUGGAGAAUGCUCUAGGCCCAUUAGGAGAAGGGACAAAUCAGAACGGUCCAUUGAUACCUACUCUCACCAAACAUUCUCACCUUCUAUCACUUCUCACCCAACCACGUCAACUCGACGCUAUAUCCCGUCGAAUCAAACUCCUCUUAGUCGAUCUAGAUAGAGCAGCUUCCUCUUCGAACAAACGAAAUACCACAACGAACCUUUCAGCCGAUUCGGAAAAACCUUCUUCCUCUUCAAGUAAUGUGAAUCUAUCACAAAGUGAAUAUCAUAAUCUGCAACAGCUAUUUGGACUUUUGUCUAGGCUAGAUGGAUAUUUACCUAUCAUUCAACCUCUCCUUAUCAGGUUGAAGAGCUUGAACGAAUUGCACAACGAUGCUGCGACUAUAGCUGAGUCGCUCAAACAACUCAAAAUUCAGGAUAAGAAUAAUAGCACUGAGAUAGGCCAAUUACAAGCUAUAUUGGAUAAGAUGAAUAAAGGUUUGGAUCAGGCGGUGCAAGGGAUUAUGAGUAAUUGGAGUAGUACAGAGGGGAGAAUAAAAGGGCUGGAAGAGAGGUUGGGAGCGUUGGAGAAUUGA